AAACCAAUCCGAAAGGAAUAAAAAACAAACAAUUAAACGGAUUAAAAAGGGUUAGUCCCCUUCGUCUUCUUCCAACGGCCACAAACGCGUGAUUCGUCGGAAAAGAUGGAGGGGGACGGUUCUCAGAGUCGGGGGCGGCGCGACGAGGAGGGGCCGGUGACUUGCUCCGCCUGGAUCAGGCGGCCGGAGAACGAACAUCUCUUGGCCGUCGGCAGGGCCGGCCGCGGCGCCCGCUCGCCCGUGCUCGAGAUCUUCUCGUUCGAUUCCAAAACCGCUUCUCUCUCUUCCUCUCCCUCGGCUUCGUACGUGAUUGAAGAAGGCGACCCGGCGAGCCUCGCGGUGCACCCGAGCGGCGACGAUCUCAUCUGCUCUACGGCCUCUGGUGCUUCCAUAUGGUUCGAGUUGUAUGGCCGAGGGGAACAUGUUAAAUUGUUGGCCAAAGAAUUCAUUCCUCUCCAUGGUGCUGGCCUUCAGAAAUGCCUAGCUUUUAGUGUUGAUGGAUCUAGACUUGCUAGUGGUGGACUGGAUGGGCAUCUCAGAAUCUUCGAAUGGCCAAGCCUGCGUAUUAUUUUAAAUGAGCCAAAAGCUCACAAGUCCGUCCAAGAUAUGGAUUUUAGCCUAGACUCAGAAUUCUUAGCCACAACAUCUACCGAUGGUUCUGCGAGAGUAUGGAAGACGGAUGAUGGUGUUCCAUUGACCACGUUGACUCGCAACUCGGAUGAGAGGAUAGAGCUAUGUCGGUUUUCUAAGGAUGGGACAAAACCUUUUCUAUUUUGCACUGUUCAACAAGGUAACAAAGCACUCACUGCUGUUUGGGACAUGAGUACAUGGAAAAAAAUUGGGCACAAGAGACUACUUAAAAAGCCCGCUUCAGUUAUGGCCAUCAGUCUCGAUGGCAAAUAUCUUGCUCUAGGAAGCAAAGAUGGGGAUGUAUGUGUAGUUGAAGUGAAAAAAAUGGAGAUCUCCCAUUGGAGUAGGAGACUUCACUUGGGUUCAUCAGUUGCAACGCUAGAGUUCUGCCCCAGUGAAAGAGUUGUGCUUACCACUUCUGUGGAGUGGGGAGCUAUGGUCACUAAGCUAAAUGUUCCUGCUGAUUGGAAAGAAUGGCAGAUCUAUCUACUUCUCGUGGGAUUGUUCCUGGCUUCGGCUGUGGCAUUUUACAUAUUCUUCGAGAAUUCUGACUCCUUUUGGAACUUCCCUCUCGGGAGAAACCAACCUGCAAAGCCAAAGAUCAAUGCUAUUUUGGGAGAUCCACAGUCUGAUGAUCAAAAUAUGUGGGGUCCUUUUGGACCAUUGGACAUGUAAGGAGUUGUUUAAUUUAUCCACAAGUUACCAGAGGUGGGAUCGACUAUGGAGGGCACCAGUUAACCAUUCAUCUCUCCUUGCGGCAACGGGUUCUUCUACUUCUUCAUCUUUCCCUUCGACUCGGGGCAGCCAUGGAUGCCCCUCUCCCAUGGAGUGGAUCUCUUUGUUGGAAAAUUUAUAUUUGCUUUCAAGUGAACGAUCACAAACUUUUCUUUUGGAAGUAUUUGGUUCGAUAACAUAGGGGAAGAGUCACUUUAUUAUUGAUAAAGAGACAAAAGGUAAUUUAUUGAA